UGAUCGUUGGAGUAAACAAAGAAGACAAUGAAAUAGGGAGCGAGAAAACGGAGAAAUGUUCUAUUCUCAUACUCUUCUCUCCAGAAAAGGGCCUUUAGGCACUAUCUGGGUUGCUGCUUAUUGUCACAAAAGGCUCAAGAAAGACCAAGUUACUGUCACUGAUAUCCCUUCUUCUGUUGAUGAGAUAAUGCUACAUGAAGUAACAAUCACAUAUAGAGUACUUGGUUAUCUUCUCCUUGGUGUUGUGAGGAUAUACUCGAAGAAAGUUGAUUAUCUUUACCAUGAUUGUAAUGAGAUUUUGGUCAAAAUAAAAAAAAUUUCAGUCAGCGGAAAAGCUAACCCGCAAAGAGAAGCCAUGUGUGAACAUGUCUCUAUCACUUUUCCAGACAGGUUUGAACUUGACGCUUUUGAUCUUGAGGUCUCAGAAGAUGUAAUCAGGCGCAACAUCAAACCACGUGAAGAGACGCUUGAAGAAGCAUUAGAAGAUGAAGCAAGAGAAUAUUAUUCUCUGAACAAGUAUCUCAUCAGUGAACCACCUUUUCAGCUUGACAUCUGCCCUUCUGCAUAUACAACAUUUGACGAUGCUCAUUCACCUUACAUAAGGGAUCUUGAUACAGUGGUAAAUAUGGUGGUCACCCAAUCUCAGAAUACAGGCAGUUUAGAAUCAAAUGUGAAGAUGGUUCAAUGUAGUCAGUUCACUCAAGAAGAAUGUCGAGACUUUGACAUGUUAGGAACUGAGAUUCCCCUAGACAUGGGUCCACAAUUUGACAAGGUGGAUAAUCAAGCAGAGAAGAUAAAUUUCCAAGAGAUGCCACAAUUGAAUAUCAAGGAACAACAUGUCUUCACUGAAGGACACCCAGUUGUUAUUACUCCCGGUCGAACUCCAUUGGAAUCUGAGUGCCCCUUCCUUGAUAUGUUUGGUGGAUCUGAGAAAUCGCUGGACCUGGAUCCACAAUUCGAUAAAGUGGAUAGUCAAGCGAAGAGGAUAAAGUUCUUGGAAAUACCACCGUUGGAUAUUGAACAUAAUAUUUUUACUGAUGACCAUCAAAUUGAUAUUACACCUGAUGGAACUCAACAUAAAUCUAUAAGUACAUGUGUUCCAGGAUCAGCUACACCUAUAUUUAUGGCUUUUACCACACCUGCUCAGGAGGAGAAAGUGAGGAUAUCAAGGAAGAGAAAGCAUGUCUUUGAUGAAGUUAUAGUGCUUCCUAACAAGUUAUUAAGGCAUAACAUACAUGACUCAAGUUGUUUAGUAGUUAAACGGAGGAAAGCUCCUCAAACUGCUUUUGAUGUCUGGAGAGCCCACAGAAUAUCCAGGCUUAAACAAGAUUUCAUGGAGCCUCUGCUUCUUGGUAUUUCAUCGAAGCUCAAAUUUUUCUUAUAUGAAACCAAUACUAAGACUGAAGGGCCAGCUGAAGUUGCAGUAGGCACCAGCCAUUCAGCAGAGUUGGGAUUUGAAACACCCUGCAAGCCUUCAGAACAGAGAGCUUCCUUUCAGGAAAAUUCUGUUGAUGAGUCAAUAUCAGUAAGGCCUGUUGAGGUUCAGAAUACCAGCAUGACUCAAGUUACAAGUGUAGAAAAAGAUCUCUCUCCAAUUGUGACGCAGGAUCUUGUGCUUGACCUAAUAAAUGAGGAUGUUAUCCCUCAUAAGGAAAAUAACCAGGACCUGGUAGAUGAAUGGACAGUCAGGAACAGGUAGGUGGGAUGGAGCUUUUAUAUAAUCGUUUGUGCUAGUGGCUCCAGGUCCAUUCUUGUAGGAGAGACUAUUCAACCUAUGAAUUCCUUGUGUGCAGGGUAGUGGCGAAAUAUCUGCAGAAAAACUUCCUAAUUCAAAAGGAGCAGAAAGACAGGGAAAAUUUGAGUUUGGAUGGUGUUUUGAAAGGAAGAACAAGAAAAGAAAGUGCUAGACUGUUCUAUGAGAUACUGGUAUUGAAGACUGGAGGGUUUGUGGAUGUGAAACAAGAAAACCCAUAUGAUGACAUUCUUGUGCUGUUAACCCCUCAAAUGAAAAAAAUAUAAUUUAAGCUGACCAAGUAUUUAGGCAUGUAAAAUGUAUAGUCAAUGCCGGGGUGGGGCAAUUUUGGUGAUUCUGAGUCUGGAUUUCUAUGUAUAUAGGAAAUAUGGUAUAUCGU